AUGGACAACGACAAUGACAUUCAGCCCGGGUUCAAAAGUGCUCUUGACCCAAAACUUAUGCUCGCAGCCACAACACUCCUCAUUGCUGCAAGCAUCGGCACAUGGAAGGCAUUCUCGCCCGCAUUCGCCGCUGCUCGCCACCAGCGAGCUCAGAUGCUCGAAGACAAUCAGAAAUCUUUGAUUGCUAACGCUGACUCGAAUACAGCUGCAGACAAGAAAAAGCGAUCAAAGGACCGUCGAAAACGAGCCCCUGCACAAAAACUGCCAAGAGCAGCCUCCACCAGCAGUCAUCCUCAAGGCAUUCCGAGUGCUAAGAAGGUUAUUCGACAACCCUCAGCAUUGUCCUCCCGUCGGAACCGUCCUCUAACACCCUCCAUUUCUGAGCACUCAGAGUCGAUCCCUGAGACUUUUCCUGUGGAUGAAACCCCUCGCCCCACCUCAAUUCCCCGCACUCCUCAUGCCACUUUAACGCAAGAAACUACUGUACACUCUACCUUGUUGUCGGGCGAUGUUAAUCCUGCAGAGAUACCCUUACCCACCUCACCCAUACUCGGUCGCACCCAAACACCACCCCCUUCCUUCCCAAGUCCUUCGGCAAGCACUUCUGCAAACACUUCUGCCUGGCAGUGGGAAGGAAAGCAUAAUGACGAUCAUUCGCCUUCCCCCCGAAGAGGUCGACAGCCUGCGUCCCACAGAAGCAAGGGUUCCGACCAUAGCGCUUCGGCAACAACUUUUCCUACACUUAAUACUCUUCCGCCGCCCAAUACUCCCCUAGAGGUCCAAAUCGACUUUAUGAAGAACCAAGUGGAGAGUUUCCGCACGCAGGAACAAAUUAAUCGUGCACGGGAAGAGGCGUUGGUCAUGGAGCUGGAGCGACUACGUGCAGAAGCUGAGCAAUCACGUCAGGAUGUCUCCCGCCUCCAGUGGCAAUUGAGCGAUAUGA